AGCCAACGUUGCUUUGUCUCUCCACAACCUUUCCCCGUCCUCCCCCCCUCCCCUCUUCCACUCCCACACAGAGACGUAUACCUAUACCCGUCAUCCAUAAAGCAAACGAAGAGACGUAUCUCUUCCUUAUCCCAUAGAUCCGUAUAUACAUAUAUAGUUUGGGACUGUUCCUUCCUCCGCCCAUCAGAGAAACUCACAGCAAACAGAGACGGUCCUCUCCUUUCGUUUUAUUUUUUCUCCAUAGUGCACGUUGCAGGAAACCUACCGCGGCCCACAAGAGCACACCCGCACGCGCCCUCGCCUUUCGCGUAUUCCCUCCGUCGCCCUUUCUCUCAUCAUACCUCCCUUUUUUUUCUUAGUUUUUUUUUUAACAUUUCUUUUCUGCUGCGGCACCUGUCUCGCGCGUGUCUCCGUCAUGAACAUCACGGCCCUCUCUGCGGAGUCGCUGCACAGCAGCCGUCGCGGCGUCAGCGGGGCGGCGCCAUCCGCCGCGCAAGCGGCCGUGCCCACCGGCUUUCGGCGCUACAUUCGCAAGUGCAAGGUCGGUGAGGGCUCCUACGGCAAGGUCUUUCUGUGCUGCGACAUCGUGAAGGGCUGCACGGUGGCUGUGAAGACAAGUCAAUGGAGCUCCGGUGAGGAAGGCCUCUCCGUCUCCUCCAUCCGCGAGGUCACCCUCUUGAAGGAGAUCCGCCACCCGAACGUCGUGCGGCUGCUGGACCUCUUCACGGAGGACAACCGCCUCUGCAUCGUGUGCGAGUACAUGGAGCGGGACCUGCGGAAGCUCCUCUCCACCCGCCAGACCCCCAUCCUCGGACGCAAGCUGAAGUGCAUGACGUACCAGCUGCUGAGUGCCCUGCACACCUGCCACAGCCGCCGCAUCGUUCACCGCGACAUCAAGCCCGCCAACAUCCUCGUGAGCGUGGAUGAGCAGACGGUUAAGCUCGCGGACUUCGGCAUGGGACGCGCGUUUGGGCUGGCGCUGCAGAGCUACACGUACAACAUCGCCACGCUGCUCUAUCGUGCGCCGGAGGUGCUGCUGGGGGAUCGCUUCUACCUGCCGUCGGUGGACAUGUGGUCGAUGGGCUGCGUCGUGGCCGAACUCGCGCUGCACCGCCCGCUCUUCUCUGGCGAGGGCGAGUACUCGCAGCUGAUCACCAUCUUUAAGGUUAUGGGCACGCCGAACGAGCACGUGUGGCCGGGGGUGUCGCGGCUGCCGUACUACAACACCGAGUUUCCGCAAUGGCGGCCGACGUCCUUGGCGGAGGCGAUCCCGGCGCUUGAGAAGGAUGGUGUGGCGCUGCUCGCUGCGAUGUUGCGCUACGACCCGCAGCAGCGCAUUACGGCGUUGCAGGCGAUGCAGCACCCUUUCUUUGAUGACGUGCGGGACUACUGUGAAGCGCGUCUGCAGCAGGAACAGUAA